AGCCUUCAUCGAAUCAGCGUCUAUCAAGUUGACGACUCAGUGAAGGCUUCAGAAUGCUCAGGGGAACUCUAUUCAGAUGGUCUAUCAUUCUAGUCGCCGCGUCGGCUCAGCUACUGUCUCCUGAGCAGCAAAAGGCCAUUCUUAUCAGCAGAGUCCAAGAAGCCAUCUCUUCAUACCUCGUCGUCAAUCUACUUCCUAGUUUGCAAGACCCAGGCCGCUUGCAAACACGAGACGUCGCUACGCCGCCAAAACCCGACUUACUAGCAUCGCUCGAAGCCAUCAAUGCCACACUCUCAACACUGCCAUCCGAUCAAGAUAUCAAGGAAAAUCCAACACCAGUCAAGUCACAAGUUGGUCAUCUAGCUUCUGUGGCUGCAGCCCAGGGGAUUGGCAAAUCAGAAUUGAAACAAGUCUUGGAUAAAUUGACUAGUGAUGCACGUUGGCAGGCAGUGAUGAAUGGCAUGGUGGACGAGACGUAUGCGCAAGGUGCAGCACCAAAGGAUGACAAGAGUAGUGUAGCGGCACACAUCAUCAUUCAAGCAGCCAUGCAAGGGCUCAGUAAGGACGCUUCAACACCAACGUCAACAGUAGUGAGCUUAUCGAGUGCAAGCAAGCAGCAGCUAAGCAUCACUGCAUUGUGGAUAUGCUUUGCUCUGUUGCCGUGGAUGUGAGGAUCGUGAGGAUGCAGUGAAUUGAAUGUCUAACGCUUCAAGAAAAGUGGCGUGCUCUAAAUGGCGACCAGCCUUCUGUCUGUGUUGCUUCUAUUCCAUAA